AUGGGGGACGCGUCCACCUCCGCCCCCGCCACGCCCACCUCCACCCUCAUCUGCCUGGAGGACGGCAGCGACCUCUUCCUCGACGCCGACGACGACGACUACAGCCCCGCCGCCGACGGCGCCGCGGACUUACGCCUCGCCGGCGACGACCACCUCCUGCUCCUCGACCCGGACGACGACGAGUACGUCGCGCUCAUGCUCUCCAAGGAGGCCGGCGCCGCCGCCCACGCCGCCGCCGCCGGAGGCGAGGAGGUGGGCGGCUGGACCAAGGCCGCGCGCGCCGUCUGCGUCGACUGGAUUGCCAAGACGAACGCGAGGUUCCGGUUCUGCGGGAAGACGGCGUACGUCGCGGUCACCUACCUCGACCGCUUCCUGGCGCAGCGCCGAGUCGACAGGGGGCAGGAGUGGGCGCUGCAGCUGCUCGCGGUGGCCUGCCUCUCGCUGGCGGCCAAGGUGGAGGAGCACCGGGUGCCGCGCCUGCCGGAGUUCCGCCCCGACCACUACGACUUCGACAGCGCCUCCAUCCUGCGCAUGGAGCUCCUCGUCCUCACCACGCUCAACUGGCACAUGAUCGCCGCCACCCCCUUCCCCUACCUCGGCUGCUUCGCCGCCAGGUUCCGGCACGACGAGCGGAAGCCCAUCGUCCUGCGCGCCGUCAACUGCAUCUUCGCAUCCAUCAAAGCGAUGAGCGCGGUGGAGUACCAGCCGUCCACCAUUGCGCUGGCGUCGAUCCUCGUGGCGCGCGGCAUCGGCAACAAGGACAAGGAGGGGACGCUGACAUUUCCCGAACUGGCGGAGGAGCUCAAGGCGAUCCUGGGCUCGUCAUGGCAGCAAUUACACACGGGGCAUGUGUAUUCCUGCUACAGCGUCAUGAUUCGGGAGGAGGACGGCAGGUCCAUGUCCAUGCGGCGGCAGCAAUCGAGCGGGGAGCUGCCUUCCUCCGGCGGCUCCGCCGCCCACGUCGGGAGCUCGGUCACCACCUCCGUGGCCAUGGGCGGCGCCAGCAACAAUAAUGCCGCCACCUCGGCGGCAGCAGCAAUCACGGACGGCAAUAAGAGGAAAAGGUUGCAUUCACCGCGGCGCCACUAGGAGAGUGUCCAGCUCGCACUACUCUAGCUAGCUAAUUUCUUCCACUCCACCUGUUUUUUUUUCCCCUCUCUAGUUUCAGCAGUCUUUCUCUUCUCAGGGGGGAGGUGGCUAAAUAGGGGGCAAGAUUUGAUUCUUCUGAUUGUGCAAUUAUUGCAGUUGAUUGGUAAGUUAGGAUUGGAAAGAUUUUGGUUUU